AUUAUUGGCUCUAAAUUUUUUAUUUCAUUCUUAAACUCAUCAUCAUUAUCACUUGCUAGGUUUUGUUAGUUUUCAUGGAGUUUGAAUUUAAGAAGACAAGCAAUUUGAAAAUGGUGACAACAACAAGCUGCAAAAAUGGAAAUCAUGAGAAGUUUCAAACGAAAAUGUCGGCCCUCGUCGUGGAUGAUGAUGCUAUAAAUCGUAAAAUUCAUCGAAAGAUUUUGGAAAAUCUUGGAAUAGAAAAUCAGGAGGUGAGAAAUGGGAAAGAAGCUAUUGAGAUUAUUUGUUCAGGCAGAAAGUUUGACCUCAUUCUGAUGGACAGGGAUAUGCCUAUCAUGAAUGGCAUCGAGGCAACAAAGCAGCUACGUGGCAUGGGGAUACGCAGCACAAUUGCGGGUGUAUCCACAAGAUCAUCAUCAUCAGAAGUAGAAGAAUUUAUGGAAGCGGGCUUAGAUGAUUUUCAGGAGAAGCCUUUGACACCUGCAAAGCUUAAAAACAUUAUCGAUAACAUCAAGUACAAAGCUUCAGUUUCAUAAUUUUAAUUAAGAAAUCACAGACUUGUUUUAUGUUCAGUUUUCUUUAAAUUUUAAGAAUAUGUCAGUAUGAAUUGCUUACUAAGUUAAGAAAUGCCGAUGACUUCACUUUAUAAUGGUUAUAUAAAUAGGUGAGACUGAAAGUGGAGAAUCUGGUU